AUGGCUACCCCUAGUGUCCUAGCUUUUGACGCUGAGGGUCGCGCCAUUGAUUUUGAGGUCUGGUUAGACGACCUGCAGCUGUUCUUACAGUGCGACAGGGCUGACGACCUUUCUCUCUUUGACCUCACCUCUGGCGCCUCUCCUCCUCCUGCUGCUGAUGCUGAUCCCACUGUCCGCUCUCAGUGGGCCACCCGCGAUGCUGCUGCACGUCUUGCUGUGCGUCGCCACCUCCCUACCUCUGAGCGUGCGCACUUUAGUCAGUACAAGAGUGCUCAGACCUUGUACGACGCUGUAGUUGCGCGCUACUCCUCCCCUGCCACUGCUGCACUGAGCCGUCUCAUGCUUCCCUACCUCUUUCCUGACCUCUCUGCCUUUCCCACUGUUGCUGACCUCAUUACGCACCUCCGCACUAGUGACACUCGCUACCGCGCCGCCCUUCCUGCUGAGUUCUGCGCUAAGAACCCACCCCCCAUGUACAUCGCUCUCUACUACGUAGUCGCGCGCCUCCCUGACUCCCUUCGCGUCGUCAGGGACCACUUUCUCGCAGUCUGUCCCACCACCCUCACCGUCGACCUCCUCGAGAAGGCCCUCCUCGCAGCGGAGAAGAGCAUAGUCGCUGUAGGUGCUUCUCGUGGUGACCCUCGCACCCCCAUCUUUGAGGGGUGCUCUCCUUCCCCCUUGCUGCCCUCUGUUGCCUCUGCUGCUACUGCCGACCUGCUUGGUCUUGAGUCGGUCGGCGCGGCGUCUGCCCCUAGUGGGAGACGUCGCUCCAGCAAGGGCAAGGGGGGCAAGGGCGCGGGUGGAGCUGGAGGGGGCGGUGGCGGUGGCGGCGGUGGCGGCGGAGGGAGUGGGGGUGGCGGCGGGACUAGUGGCGGGGGUGGUGGUGGUGGUGGCAGCAGCGGCGGAGACGGUGGUGGUGGUGCCAGCGGUGGUGGUGGAGGCAGCGGCGGAGGUGGAGGCGGCGGAGGUGGAGGCGGUGGAGGCGGCAGCGGAGGAGGCGGUGGUGGUGGAGGAGGUGGAGCUGGUCGGGGUGGUACCCAGCAGCGUAGCGGCGGUGGUGGUGGCCAGCGCUCGCAGCGGCAGCAGCAGCAGCGCUCGCGGGACAUCCCUCCGCCUCAGCAGCUUCGUGAGUGGUACGCUGGGCGUCAGAGGGGUGGGGGUACUGGUCCCUGCACCUACGUUCUUCGUUCCGGCGACCGCGCGGGUGAGCAGUGUGGGGGUGCCCACGCCACCCAGCGCUGCUUUGGCCGCCUGACGGACGCUUGGCGUCAGCAGUUCCCUGGGGCUAGUGAGAUCCCUCACUGGGAUGAGCUUCUCAGGGCUGGUGUAGCGAUCUUUGAUCUUGAUUUUGAUGCUAUCCUUGCUGCUAUGUAUGCUGUGGAUUAUAGUGAGGAGAAUGAGGGUUACCGUUGUUUCCAGCCCGACCCGGGCAUUGGUACUGCUGCGCUAGGUGCUUGUGAGGCUGCUGCUCUAGGUGCCAGUGCGUCUGUGCUCUCAGGUACUGGUGAGACUGCGCUCUCAGGUACUGCGUCGUCCUCGUCCUCCCUCACUUUCACACUUGACUCAGGGGCUUCUCGCUCCUUCUUUCGAGACCGCACUACCCUUACGCCGCUCGGCCGGCUGGUUGCGGUCUCCCUUGCUGACCCCUCUGGGGGUCCUGUCCUGUCUCACUUCUCCACUGUCCUCCCGUGUCUGGCUGCCCCUUCGGGCACCCUGUCUGGUCUGUACCUUCCCUCGUUCUCUACGAACUUGGUGAGUGGAGCGGACCUGCAGGAUGUGGGGGUUCACCAGUUCACUCCUGCGAGUCAGCGGGUGACCCACUGCACGGAGGCACGCACAGGCCGACACCUGGCCACGUUCUCGCGUCGGCCGGGGUCGAGUCUCUACACCCUGACCGUUGAGUCUCCUCCUGUCCCUGCGUUUGGUCAGGUGGCUGCGUCGGGUCAGGUGCUUGCUGCUGCGUCCCGGUCAGGUCCUGAGUCUGCCCCCUGUUCUUGUCGCCUCCUGUCUCACGAGACUCUCCUGUGGCACCACCGUCUUGGCCACCCCUCCUUGCCCCGUCUUCGGAGCAUGGCUUCCCGUGUCCUUGUCUCUGGUCUUCCCCAGUCUCUCCCUCCUCUCCCCUCCGGGCCAGGACCUUCCUGUGUCCCCUGUGUCGAGGGUCGCCUCCGGGCUACUCCUCACUCCUCCCACUUCCCCCCGACAGAGGCUCCCCUGCAGACGCUUCACAUGGAUGUGUGGGGCCCAGCCCCCGUCCGUGGGCAGGGUCACGAGCGCUACUUCCUGUUGGUGGUUGACGACUACUCGCGUUACACCACAGUCCUCCCCUUGCGCAGCAAGGGUGCGGUCACUGAGGUGCUGAUCGACUGGAUCCGCGAGGCUCGUCUCCAGCUCAGGAAGAGCUUCGGCUCGGACUUUCCUGUUCUGCGUCUGCACUCGGACAGAGGCGGAGAGUUCUCUUCUCGCCUUCUGCGGGACUACUGUCGUGCACGGGGGAUUCGCCAGACCUUCACACUUCCGAACUCACCACAGCAAAAUGGGAUUGCUGAGCGCCGCAUUGGCAUGGUCAUGGAUGUCGCUCGUACGUCCAUGAUGCAUGCGGCUGCCCCCCAUUUUCUGUGGCCGUUUGCGGUGAGGUACGCGGCGCAUCAGCUCAACCUUCACCCCCGGGUCUCUCGGCCUGCGAUAUCCCCAGCCUUGCUGUGGACGGGGAAGGUUGGCGAUGCGUCUGUGUUCCGUGUCAGGGGAUCUCGGGCGUUUGUCCGCGACUUGUCUGCGGACAAGCUGUCCCCUCGUGCUGCUCCCUGUGUCUUCCUUGGCUUCCCCACUGACGCCCCAGGGUGGCAGUUUUACCACCCCUCCUCUCGUCGUAUUCUGUCCUCCCAGGACGUCACAUUCGACGAGUCAGUCCCCUUCUACCGUCUCUUCCCCUACCGCACUCCUUCCCUCCCCCCUCCCCCGGACUUCCUUGUGCCGGUUCCCCCCCCGGUAGACCCCCUCCCCCCUCAGGUUCCUGCCCCCUCAGGUGUGUCCCAGGUAGACGCCGUUGACCCGGUCGAGGUUACUGGUGACUCUGGUGCUGCUGCGGGUGCUGAGCCUGGGGGUGCUGACUCUGGGGGUGCUGUGCGCGGGGGUGCUGAGCCUGGGGGUGCUACUGCUGGGGGUGUUGGGCCUGGGGGUGCUACUGCGGAGGGUGCGGAGCCUGGGGGUGCUGAGUCGGGGGGUACUGUGCCUGGAGGUGCUGGGUCUGGGGGUGCUGGGUCGGGAGCUGCUGAGCCUGGGGGUGCUGAGCUGGGAGCUGCUGAGCCUGGGGGUACUGCGUCUGGAGCUGCUCAGCCUGGGGUUUCUCCUGCUGCUGCGCGUGCUGCUGAGUCAGGAGGUGCUGCUGGAGCUGGAGCUGGAGCUUCUUCGACCGUCGAGGGUGCGGGUGCUGCCGGUCCCGGAGCUGCUGGACCUGCGGGUCCUCCUGAAGCUGGAGCUGCUGAGGGCGUUGGUGCUGAGCCUACUGCUGUUGGUCCUGCCGCUGGAGGUGUGGGUGGCGCUGGUGCUGUCGCUGAGGGUGCUGGUGCUGUCCCUGCUGAGUCUGGAGCUGCCGCGCGGCCUCGGCCGUACUUCGUUCCGCUCCUGCAGCAGGUUCUUGGUCUUUCUCCUCCAGUAGAGGGUCCACCGCCUGUCCAGUCGCAGUCCCUGCUGGAGCCUUCCUCUCCACUGCCUGCUCUCUCUCCUUACACUGGUCCUACUGGAGGUCUUGCUGAGCGUCGUGAGCCUGCGUCUCGUCCCGCGUCGCCUGUUCGUGCUGCUCGCGCUAGUGGUCGCAGUUCGCGUCAGCGUCCUCCUCCUGUCCCUGGCACGCACCGGAUGUCUUUGCGUCCGUCCACUGCUCCUCUGCGCGCCCCUUUGCCUUCUCCUCCUGAGUCCUCUCUUCCUGCACUUGCCGACCCUGAGUCGGACUCUCUUCGUGCUGCCAGUCCUACUGUCACGCGUCUGCUUGCUACUGUCGUCACUGACCCCUCUUUUGAGUCCACUGCUGCGUCUGCUCUAGUCGCUGAGCUCGUCGACUUCGCUGCUCGCUAUCGUCUCGACUACGCUGCUCGUCUUGUUGCUGAGUCUGCGUCUGUCUGUCCUCCGUCCGUCGGGGGUGAGUGUGCUCUUGGCACGGACGUCCUAGAGGACAGGCAGGAGGAGUUCCAGUGUCUAGUGGCUGCUUCACCUCAUCUCGCGUCUGUACAACUUGCCCCUGAGGGAGACCCGGAUGCACUAGACAUCCCGACUCCGCGUUCUUACGCGGAGGCCGUAGAGGGUCCCUACUCCUCUCAGUGGCAGGCAGCUAUGGAUGCAGAGAUGGCUUCCUGGAAGUCCACAGGCACCUACGUUGACGCGGUUCCCCCUCCUGGGGCGAACAUCGUCAGUGGCAUGUGGAUCUUCAGGGUGAAGCGGCCGCCGGGCUCUCCACCUGUCUUCAAGGCACGGUACGUUGCUCGUGGCUUCAGUCAGCGGCAGGGAGUUGACUACUUUCAGACCUUCUCUCCCACCCCGAAGAUGACUACUCUUCGGGUGCUGCUGCACAUAGCCGCUCAGGGCGACUACGAGCUUCACUCUCUCGACUUCAGCACUUCGUUCUUGCAGGGUAGCCUGCACGAGGAGAUCUGGCUUCGCCGUCCACCUGGCUUCACUGGGAAUUUCCCUCCUGGCACCCAGUGGAGCCUCCGACGGCCAGUCUACGGUCUCCGCCAGGCACCGCGUGAGUGGCACGACACACUGAGGACUACGCUUGCGGCUCUUGGGUUUGCUCCUUCUUCUGCUGACCCGUCGCUGUUUCUUCGCACCGACACUUCCCUGCCGCCGUUCUAUAUCCUCGUGUACGUCGACGACUUGGUCUUUGCCACAGCGGACACUGCUGGACUCGCCUACGUGAAGUCCGAGCUGCAGAAGAGACACACGUGCACAGACCUGGGUGAACUGCGCAGCUACCUUGGCUUGCAGAUCACUCGGGACAGAGCACGCCGCACCAUUACCUUGACUCAGUCACACAUGGUGCAGCAGGUCCUUCAGCGCUUCGGCUUCACGUACUCCUCGCCUCAGGCCACUCCUCUGCCUACUCGCCACUCACUCUCAGCUCUGCCUUCGGAUGAGUCCGUAGAGUCGAGUGGUCCGUAUGCAGAGCUUGUUGGCUGCCUCAUGUACCUGAUGACCUGCACACGACCUGACCUUGCAUACCCUCUGAGCAUUCUUGCACGCUAUGUUGCUCCUGGGAGACACAGACCGGAGCACAUGGCUACAGCGAAGAGGGUAUUGCGCUACCUGUGCAGUACGUCGGGCAUGGGGCUAGUGCUUGGAGGGCGGAGUCCAGUGGUCCUUACCGGCCACGCGGACGCUUCUUGGGCUGACGACCAGGCUACGCAGCGGUCGUCACAGGGUUACACCUUCAGCCUUGGUUCCGGCUCUGUCUCGUGGCGGUCUACUCGCUCGUCCUCGGUUCUCGGCUCCAGUUGUGAGGCUGAGAUCUACGCCGGGGCCAUGGCUGCACAGGAGCUUCGCUGGCUCACCUACCUGCUGACUGACCUUGGAGAGCCGCCUCGUUCUCCUCCAGUGCUGUACGUAGACAACAAGGCCAUGCUGGCCUUGUGUCGAGAGCAGCGCUUGGAGCACAGAACGAAGCACAUUGCUCUCCGCUACUUCCUUGCUCGUGAGCUGCAGCAGCGUGGUCAGUUGCGACUUGCGUACGUGGCCUCUGAGGCCAACACUGCUGAUGUGUUCACCAAGGCACUCGCGCCUUGUGACCAUCAGCGCUUUUGCACCCAGCUGGGUCUUGUACCUGUCUUGCCUCACUUGCUCUCCUCUUGA